AUUCAUCCUCAGCUUCACCUCUUCCAAAUCCCAAUCCAAUCCAAUCCACUGUAUUAGGGUUUUCAAUUUUCCCUUCCAUUUCUUCAACCACCACUGCACGUGACCUAAACCUUCAAAUUUCCAUUGAAAAUCCAUAUACUCAACGAUACACCGCGCGAUCGCAUUUCCUCCCUUGCUUUCGUUUCGGUAACUCGCCAAAUCCAGACAUAUACACUGCGAUUUGGUGACUGGAUAAAAGCUCGAAAGCACAUAUAAUCUUCAAGAGACUUCUCAUCAAAGGGGCAGUGUUGCAAUGUUGGCUUCUAAAGAAAUUAUGAAAUUUAAAUCUUACCAGAACCAGGCUAAUUUGUUUGUGAAGGAAUAUUUGUUAGCAGACCCUUUGAUUCCAUAUACUUCCAUUGUUGGUGGCAUUUUUGCUUGCAAGAUGGUUUAUGAUCUUACUCAGCUUUUUAGCACUGUUUACUUUAAGAGCUAUUCCAGCCUCACUAAAAUCCAACGUACUGAGUGGAAUAACCGUGCCAUGUCAACUAUUCAUGCCAUUUUCAUAACAUCUAUGUCAUUGUACUUGGUGUUUUGCUCAAAUCUAUAUUCUGAUGACCAGUCAGUUAGACUUAUUACAGUUCAAAGCUCUUCGUUGUCUAUGUUUGUUCUGGGGGUUUCUGUUGGUUACUUCAUUGCUGACCUUGGGAUGAUAUUGUGGUUUUUUCCUUCUCUCGGUGGAUAUGAGUAUGUGAUUCAUCAUCUGUUUUCUUUAGUAGCAGUAGCCUAUUCAAUGUUGAGUGGGGAGGGACAGCUAUACACGUACAUGAUCCUGAUCUCUGAGACAACAACUCCAGGGAUCAAUUUGAGAUGGUAUCUCGAUGUUGCUGGAAUGAAAAGGUCAAAAGCUUAUCUCAUCAAUGGGGUUGUAAUAUUCAUCGCUUGGUUGGUGGCCAGAAUACUUUUGUUCGUUUAUAUGUUUUACCAUGUCUACUUGCACUUCGAUCAGGUUCAACAAAUGCACACCUUUGGGCAAAUACUAGUUAUUGUUGUGCCAGUGGUGCUAUCAGUUAUGAACUUGGUUUGGUUUUCAAAGAUUAUCAAAGGGAUGAUGAAGACUUUGGCGAAGAGGCAGUAAAAAUUAUGCUUAGUGAAAAUUUUGAGGAAAAUGAAUUAUAGGUUACACUGUUUAUAUCCAGCUCACCUUGUCUUCUGCAUUCUCUCCCACUGGAUAAAAACAUAAAUGACGUGUACCGAAAGGUGUAACAGAACAGAAACCACUGAACGUGUUUGGAUCCCUUGUGGAUCUGAACUUAUACUGUAUAAAUAUGUUAGUUCUGCUUUUUUAUAUUCCUAUUCAUGUACAUUUAUUAGUUCAAUUUAAUUUAUAUUUCGU